UAAGUGUUAAGCUCAAUUAUAUCUUAGAAACGUUGUCCUAAUGUUCUCUUUUUUGUUUCAGACGGACAAAGACAGUGCUGGAUUAUGGUUGACCGCUAGUGAAGCAAGUAGUUUAGGUUAUGAAGAAGUUUCUGAGAGAUUACGAGUAGAUAUUAGUAAAGGUUUAAAUUGGCAAGAAGCAACAGAAAGGCGGAAAGUAUCUGGUUAUAAUGAAUUCUCGGUAAAAAACGGCGACCCACCAUGGAAGAAGUACUUAGAACAAUUCAAGAACCCUCUAAUAUUACUGCUGCUGGCCUCGGCAGUAGUAUCGGCGGGGAUGAGCCAAUUCGACGAUGCGAUCAGUAUUACAGUAGCCAUAGUUAUAGUCGUUACCGUUGCCUUCGUGCAAGAAUAUCGAUCUGAAAAAUCCUUGCAGGAAUUGACGAAGUUGGUACCGCCGUCAUGUCAUUGUAUGAGAGAAGGUACGGCCGAUUCGUUUCUAGCAAGAGAAUUGGUGCCGGGAGACGUGGUGCUUCUGAACGUAGGAGAUCGGGUUCCUGCGGAUAUACGUUUAUUUGAAUCUAACGAUCUCACGCUGGACGAGAGUUCCUUCACGGGAGAAACGGAACCAUCCAAAAAGAACACAAAUUUUGUAAACAGACCAAAUGGGGCUCACUCAUCAAACACUAACAUUGCCUUCAUGGGAACGUUAGUCAGACAAGGUACAGGAAAGGGAAUCGUUGUAAGUACGGGAACCAACAGCGAAUUUGGUUCAGUAUUUAAGAUGAUGUUAGAAGAAGAAGCUCCUAAAACGCCAUUGCAAAAAUCGAUGGAUAAAUUAGGCACCCAGUUGUCUAUUUAUUCUUUCGCUAUUAUUGGAUUUAUAAUGUUGGUUGGCUGGAUUCAAGGAAAACUCAUCAUGGAAAUGUUUCAGAUUGGUGUCAGUUUAGCAGUAGCUGCUAUUCCCGAAGGUCUACCAAUUGUCGUUACAGUCACUCUAGCGUUAGGAGUCAUGAGGAUGGCUAAAAGAAAAGCUAUAGUAAAAAAACUACCCACUGUCGAAACUUUAGGUUGUGUAAAUGUCAUAUGUUCUGACAAAACUGGAACUAUUACUCGCAACGAAAUGACGGCUACAGUAUUGGUCACAUCAGAUGGUUACAUAGCUGAAAUAACUGGUGCUGGUUACAACGACCACGGACAGGUUUUGUUACAUACCAAGUAUGAUUUUCCUGAUAAAGCAAGAGAAAGUAUUAAGCAGUUGUUAGAGAUAGGUGCUGUAUGCAAUAACGCUCAAAUAAAGGACGAUACGUUACUUGGUACACCAACUGAGGGAGCUUUACUAGCAGCCGCCAUGAAACAUGGUAUGGACAGUGUUUCGAAUCGGUAUAUAAGGCUUAAAGAAUACCCGUUCAGUUCUGAACAAAAAAUGAUGGCAGUACACUGCGUUGGCAAAUACGACAACAGCAAGGAGGAGAUUUUUUUCGUAAAAGGCGCUAUGGAAAAGAUUUUGCCGAAAUGCACUACUUACAACUGGAAUGGUAAUCACCAAGCAAUGACAGACAACAAAAAAGAAGAAUUUAUAGCAGAAUCCCAUGAAAUUGAGAGGAAAGGUCUAAGGGUUAUUACGAUGGCUAAGGGACGUACUUUACAGGAGUUGACAUACAUGGGUAUUGUAGGUAUUUGUGAUCCACCCAGACCACUUGUAAGAGAAGCUAUUGCAAUUUUAAAGGAGUCCGGAGUACAAGUUAAGAUGGUUACAGGGGAUUCUAUGGAUACAGCUGUCGCCAUUGCACAAUCGAUAGGUUUGGAAACACUUCCUUCACAAGUAUUUUCUGGGGAACAAUUAGACGCAUUUACUGAAAAUGAAUUUGAUGAAUCGGUACCCCGAGCGACGGUAUUCUACAGGGUAUCGCCGAAAAACAAAUUGUCAAUAGUAAAAUCGUUACAAAGAACAGGACACAUCGUCGGUAUGACUGGCGAUGGUGUAAAUGAUGGUGUGGCCCUUAAGAAGGCAGAUAUUGGUAUAGCUAUGGGCAAAAAUGGUACAGACGUGUGUAAGGAAGCUGCCGAUAUGAUUCUUGUCGAUGAUGAUUUUUACACAAUUAUAGCUGCUAUAGAAGAAGGAAAAAGCAUCUUUUAUAAUAUUAGAAAUUUUGUUACUUUCCAGUUGUCAACUUCAAUAGCCGCACUAUCAUUAAUUGCGCUUUCAACUAUUUUAGAUAUACCUAACCCACUGAAUGCUAUGCAGAUUUUAUGGAUCAAUAUUAUUAUGGACGGUCCUCCAGCACAAAGUUUGGGCGUAGAACCAGUAGAAGAGGACGUCGUUAAGCAAAGAGCCAGAGAUACUAAAGAGCCCAUGAUAACAAAAAAACUUAUACUGAAUGUUUUACUAUCAGCAUCGUUCAUCAUUGGUGGGACCUUAUGGGUGUUUCAAAAAGAGUUAAGUUCAGAAGGAAUAACUGCCAGAGAUACAACAAUGACCUUUACAUGUUUUGUAUUUUUCGACAUGUGGAAUGCCCUUUCUUGCCGAUCUCAAACAAAGAGCGUUUUCACGAUUGGUCUAUUCUCCAAUAAAAUGUUCUUAUUAGCUGUCGGGUUGUCAGUACUUGGACAGUUGCUUGUGGUGUAUGUUCCACCGUUACAGAGUAUAUUUCAAACGGAAGCUCUGACGGCGUGGGAUAUGGCGUUUCUGACUGCCCUUACUUCAUCAGUAUGGGUGUUUUCUGAGAUUAAGAAGCUCGUUGAAAGGUACAUGGAGAGGCGAUGCAGAGGAAAACGAUCUCCAUUAGAAUAUGUAUGA